AACGACCCUUCGAAUUUUCUGACACCCUGCUCAACCUUACCGUAGCUGCGGAUCCCGGCGUAUGGGGAUAGCAAUUGAAUAAAUAGAUACGUCAACGACCCGUACGUUGCGAACUCCCUCCCACCAGCCCCUCCUCUCAACAGAACAGGACCAUGUCUAUCAUCGACACUACCAAAGACCUGUCAGCGCUCUUCACAAAACAGGUCCAAGCUACACCCGAUGCCAUUGCCCUAGAAGAUGACAAGAAUACGUACACGUACCAGCAACUUCACGACAAGGUUGCUGCCCUCGCAGACCAACUGCGGGGCCAUGGCGUGGGCCGUGACAGCUUAGUUGGCGUCCUGCUGCCGCGAUCCGCCGACUAUGUGAUUGCCUGUCUGGCAGCCCUGCGCGCGGGCGGUGCCUUCUUAGUGCUAGAACUGGCCUAUCCUCCAGAUUUACUCGCGGACGUCCUCGAAGAUUCACAGCCUAGUGUCGUCGUCACAACUAGCGCCGAAGUCGGCAAGAUCCGAGAAGGUACUCCGCUCGUGGUUCUGGAUGAGCAAAACCAGACGACCAAUGGUCACGUGGAAGAUUCUGAACUACCGCCGCUACCAGAAGAGACCGAUCUGGACCGCUUGUCGUUUGUUGCGUAUUCCAGUGGAACGACUGGCAAGCCCAAGGGUAUCGCCAACCCACAUAGAGCAGCAGUCCUUUCGUAUAAUCUCAGAUUUGGACUCUCAGAUCUCCAGCCGGGCGACCGAGUGGCCUGCAAUGUCUUUUUCGUAUGGGAGAUCAUUCGCCCGCUCCUACGAGGAGCCACAGUUGUUGCUGUUCCAGAUGAAGCAAGCUACGACCCACGAAUGCUCGUAGAUCUACUUGCCUCCAAGAAGAUUACCGAGACUCUCUUUACACCUACAUUGUUCUCUGCUGUCCUCGCCCGCCACCAAUCUCUCAGCACCCGCUUACCAAACCUCAAGACCAUUUGGCUCAAUGGCGAGGUAGUCACGACCGAUCUUGCACGACGAGGCAUCAAAGCACUACCAAACACCCGUUUGCUCAACGUGUACAGUGCUUGUGAGACCCAUGAGAUUGCCUGUGGUGACAUCAAGGAUAUGCUUGAGAAACUCGAUAAAGAUGCUCCAUACUGCCCAGUUGGACCCCCCCUUAUCGACACCAAAUACAUCUACAUCCUUAACGAGAGUGGCCAGAAAGUUGACGAAGGAGAGAACGGCGAGCUCUUCGUAGGCGGACACUUGCUUGCUCGAGGAUACCUCAACCGCCCAGAGACCACUGCUAAAGCUUUCAUUCGGAAUCCUUACAGUUCGAAGAUAGGUGCUCGCAUGUAUAGGACUGGCGACAAGGCACGACUUCUUCCCAACGGACUACUCGAAAUCACCGGCCGCGUUGGCGCUAUGAUCAAGAUUCGAGGAUACUCAGUCGUUCCCGGUAAAGUCGAAAGCGCAAUCGUCCAAAAUCUUGCUGCUAGCCACUGUGCUGUGGUGGCUUUUGGAGAAGGUAUUGAUCGGCAAUUGGUGGCAUACUUUGUUCGAGACAAAGAUUCCUCGGCAGAACGCCCAGUCGUGGAGAUUGACCGGACAGGCCGUAGCGCGACUGCGAGGCGCAUGCUUAUGCCAUACCUCGCACAUUACAUGAUACCCUCACUUUGGGUCGAACUCGAUACGCUGCCGACUAGCGACGUGUCCGGAAAGGUCAACCUCAAAGCUCUCCCUCCACCAAGACCUAGCUCGCCUACCGGCAGUGCACGCAAAUUCGAGCAAAGCCCCAUUACCAUCGAACAAGUCACCGAAAGCUGGGCCUCAAUUCUGGGUGUCAAUGCCAGCUCCAUCACUCCUGAAUACAAUUUCUUCGAUCUUGGCGGGCACUCACUCCUACUGGCUGAUCUCGCCGCACGAUUGUCCAAUACAUUCGGUUUCAGAGUACCAGUUGCACGUCUCGCCAAUCCAGCAACGCUUAAUGGGCAUCUGGACACUGUUCGUGCUAUUCGAGACGGCCAUACCGCCGAGGUACAGGACAAUCUGCCGGCUGUAUUGCGCGCUGACUCGGUUCUGGAUAAGGAUAUCCAGCCUCAAAAUCCCAAGAUUUGCGCUCUCAAGGAUGCAAAGACUGUACUUCUCACCGGUGUUACUGGCUUUUUGGGCGCCUUUCUUCUCCGAGACCUCUUGGAAACCACCUCUGCUCAGAUCAUCUGCAUGGUCCGUUUUGCGGACUCUUCACAGGAUGACAUACCUGCAGGUAUUGCAAGGAUUCGUAGAAACCUGUUGGACUUCAACCUCUGGAACGACAACAUCAUGGAGCGCGUGGAGAUUCUGCCAGGAAAUUUGUCCCGAAAGCGAUUUGGUCUGGCGCCAGACACUUUCAAGACGUUAGCUGAUCGCCUUGACGUGAUCGUUCACGCGGCGGCGACUGUCAACUUGGUAUAUCCCUAUGCUGCGCUGCAGAAGCCCAAUGUCGGCGGUACACGAGAAAUCUUGCGUCUUGCUGCUCAAGGCGGCGCUACAGUGCAGUACAUAUCUACCAACGGAGUGCUCCUUCCGGCACCAGGUCGCGAGGGAUUGUCAGAAGACACUGUGCUCGAGGUGGAUGAUGUCAUCAAGCUUGCAGAUGGUUACGGGCAAACGAAAUGGGUAGCCGAACAGCUGGCGCUAGAAGCUCAGCGAAGGGGUAUUCCUAUCAAGAUACAUCGUCUGGGCACUAUCAGUGGCCAUAGCGAGACGGGUGCCGCGAAUGCUUGGGAUCUCUUGACGGCUUUGAUUGUUGAGUCGGUCAGGAUCGGUCACUAUCCGGACGUCAAGGGUUGGCGUGCCGAGAUGACACCAGUUGACUUCGUCAGCAAGGCUAUACUCCACCUCAGCAACCAGACCGAGACGGAGCAGACUGUGUUCCACAUUGGUGAUCCUGAUCCCGUGGAUAUCAGCCAAGUUUUCGAAGACCUAAACGCUUUAGGCUACCCCACGAAGCCAACAGAAUUUGAGAAGUGGGUUGCGCUCUGGGACGACAAGCGAGGCUCUGCUAAGGGUGGUGACGGUGCUUUCACGGUUGAUAUCCUCCGAAGUGGUAUGCCUAGUAUCGAGUUCCUGAGGGAUGUCGUUGUGCUCGAUAAUGCAAAGACGAGGCCUCUACGCCUAGCUGUAGAGCGGCCAAAGGUCGACCAAGUACUUCUCGAAACCUACACGCGCCAUUGGUAUGCUCGAGGCUGGCUACCAAAUCCACCCAUUCGCCAAGAUUCUGCAGGCGGAUCAGCCAGGCUCCCUCGACGCGGUCCCCUCUUUGGAAAGGUCGCCAUUGUAAUGGGUGCUUCCUCAGGCAUCGGUGCCGCUACCGCUACCGCUCUCGCGCGAGAAGGCUGCCACGUCGCCCUCGCAGCCCGCCGUGUCGACGCACUCGAUGACCUCAAGAAACGCCUUGCCAUUCUGGAUGGCAAAAUUAUCACCCAGAAGACUGACGUGACUGACAAAGCGCAAGUCGAAGCGCUCGUUGCCGCAGCAGAGAAGCAACUCGGUCCCGUGGACAUUUUCGUCUCCGUCUCUGGUGUUAUGUACUUCACCAUGAUGGCCAAUACGCAAACCGAUCAAUGGAACCAAACUGUCGACGUAAACUGCAAAGGUCUCCUCAACGUAAUCUCCUCUGUCGUACCAUCAAUGCUUAAGCGCAACAAAGGCCACCUAGUCGCCAUCUCAUCUGACGCAGGCCGCAAGGUAUUCCCCGGCCUAGGCGUCUACUCAGCCUCCAAGUUUUUCGUCGAGGCCACGCUGCAGAGCUUGAGGCUCGAGACGGCAGGCACGGGACUGAAGGUGACGAGUGUGCAGCCGGGUAAUGUAGCGACGGAUCUACUAGGUAUGAGCACAGAUCAAGAGGCAUUGAAGAAGUAUGGUGAGCCGAGUGGUGCGAAGGUACUGGAUCCUGAGAACGUGGCGAAUAGUAUUGUCUAUGCGCUUAAGCAGCCGGAGCAUGUUUCCGUCAACGAGGUGCUUAUCGAGCCCAGGGAUGAGCCGAUCUGAAGAAUGGCAGCGGAGGACGACCGCCCAAAAAGAUCGAUGUGAUGAGAGAUGGAAUUUCACGAGCAUAGUGUAUGAUUAUUUUCGACGAGAGGGUCAAUAAAGAUAGAGGAGGCACAGACUUCUACGAUCCUUCCUGACGAUGUAAUCUUUUGGCACAGUGUAGAACAUAGACAUGCAUCUAUAUUCAAUCAAAGUUUACUUUCAACAUAUGGGUAUUAAUAUAUCAACC